UGGGUGACUGUUCAGGUGAAGAUGAAAGUCAUGAGCCAAAGGCACCACAGCAGACCUAGAGUACUGGUCCAGAGGGAGAAGUCAUCUGAAGGAAAAGAGAAGUAAAAGGUCUAGAUGAGGGAAUCUGUUCCUCUCUCGAGCUGAAAUGGUGGCAAAUGGCACUUCAUAUAAGACUUCUUGUUGGGUCCUGUGGGAAUAGGUAAGGUUCUCCGAUAUGUAGGGGUUCCCUUGGGGAUGAACUUAACUAUUCAACUCUCCUCAAUAUUGUCAUUGGCCAAUUUUCCCCCAAAGAAUCCCGAACCCAUUACUUAUUUUGCGAUAUACAAUGUUACUGUCAGCCUUGUAUAUCCUAGACCAAACAAUUGCAGUCACCCACCCAUCCCUAUAGUAGGAUCCCUGGUUGCCCCCUGGUGUAUUAGAGGAUAUGGGAGUGUUUGUAACUGUACUAUGUUGGUUAAUGGUAGCAAUAACUGCUCUCUUGUAGUACAUGAUUCUGUUACAGGAGCACAGGAAAUGUGAGUUAUACAAUUUCUGUCUACAAUAAGUCUAUCGCACUGAAAGGAGCCCCACAUGGUACGUAUUGGUUGUGUGGCCGAUUUGCUUAUUAUAGUUUACCACCUAAUUGGGGAGGGACGUGUACUGUUGGGUUUGUGGUGCCGGCCAUGAGGGUCCUUGGAAACACUGAAACAGAAUUGAGGGUUCUGUUCUGGGACUAG